AGUGGGGGGAGUGUUACUUAUUCUCCAGCUGUGUGUGUGGCGGCGGCGGCGCCGUGUGCGCUUCAUCUUCAUUAUAUAAAACCUUGUUUUGGUGCCUAUCCUUUUUUUAAAAAAAAAGCAGAACGGUUGUUAAAAAUAUAUAUCAACAAAAAAAACAUCAUAUAUAGAUAAAAAAGAGAGGCCGAGGGUUGUGUUGCGUUGGGGCUGUUGGCAUGUUUCAUUUAUAUUGAUCAAAGAGUGAAACUGGAUGCUUGUGCAACUGGUGAUUUUUGUUUUAUCAACCGUGUGGAUUACAAUGGCACAGAACCAGCCAGGAGGACCCGAAGAAAAGGACAAGACUUCUACUGCAUUAAAAGAUUUACUGUCCAGAAUAGACUUGGAAGAGCUUAUGAAGAAAGAUGAACCACCUCUCAAAUUUCCUCAAACUCUUGAAGAUUUUGAAUAUUCAUUUAAUGAAAAAGGCCAGCUAAGACAUGUAAAAACUGGAGAACCUUAUGCAUUCAAUUACCAUGAAGAUUUACACAGAUGGAACCAGAAACGCUAUGAAGCUCUUGGUGAAAUUAUCACCCAACAUGUUUAUGAACUUUUAGAAAAAGAAUGUAAUUUGAAAAAGGUUUAUCUCCCGGUGGAUGCUACAGACGAUGAACCAAAGAACUUCAUCUUUAUGAGUGAAGAUGCAUUAACUAACCCUGAAAAAUUGAUGGUUUUGAUUCAUGGUAGUGGGGUUGUCCGAGCUGGACAGUGGGCCAGACGAUUAAUAAUCAACGAAGACCUCGACAGUGGCACUCAAAUACCUUUUAUUAAAAGAGGAAUGGAAGAGGGAUAUGGAGUAAUAGUCCUAAAUACCAACGAAAACUACAUUGAAGUGGAGAAGCCAAAAAAACAAGUGCAGUCACUAGCCAAUGAUACCGAUGAGCCAGCAGAAAAGAAAGAGAGAAAAGAUGAGUCAAAAAGAACAAAGAAACGGCGAGACUUUUAUGAGAAAUACCGAAAUCCUCAAAAGGAAAAAGAAUCAAAGCACAUUCCCAUUAGGAAUAAUAGCACUCCAGAAGAGCACACACUGUAUGUCUGGGAUCACUUUAUUUCCAAAUCUUCUGUCAAGAAUGUAGUAUUUGUUGCCCACAGUUAUGGUGGACUGGUAUUUGUGGAGUUGAUGAUUCGGCGAGAGACAGAAGUGAAGAACAAAGUGAUCGCCGUAGCACUCACAGAUUCUGUCCAUAAUGUUUGGCACCAGGAUACUGUAAAGUCUAUUUUGGACUGGAUGCAAGAGCACUGUCGUAAUUGGGUGUCAAGCUCUGAACCUUUGGACGCACCAGUAGAAUCCAUGUUACCAGACUGUCCACGAGUCUCUGCAGGUACAGAACGCCAUGAGCUCACUUCCUGGAAGAGUUUUAAUUCUAUUUUCAAGUAUUUUACUCAAGCUUUAGAAGCACAGAACACUGAAGUAAAACCCAAGUUUACUGUGACUACGAGAAGCUCCAACCGAAAGAAAACUGAAGAGUUAUGAAGAGAAAAUGCCUUUUUACUGCUUUUUUGCGCUGGCAGUCCCCCAGUCUUUUAUUAGAUUGUUUUCUUCUUGGAGCAAAGGGUCAUGGUGUAUACAUCUAAAUAGCGUUUUGCAUUAUUUCUAGAUGAGCGCAACUGUCAAAGCAAUAUGGGACUGCCGGUUGUGCUUCCUGUGGUCCCAAACUCAGAUUUUGUGCCACCGAUCGGUGCACAGAUUAAGAGUGACAGCAGUUCUGCACAGUGCAGCACAGAGCGGCUCUAAUUGCCCUGACACAGCCCUGUACUGAGCUAAUGCCAUGGGGCUAUCGGCUUCCCCCAUGCCCUAAUGCCUGCCAAUUUUUCUUCAUUAAAGAGACAACAUCUCUUUUGUUGGCCUGUGUAGACUAGAUUUUAAAAUAACCAGGAAUCAAAGCCACUCAACAUUUUCCCUUCACGUAUCCAAGCCUUGUCAUAAUGUUCAAGGGACAUCAAACGCACGUAAGUCGCUAAAGAUGACAGUCGUAUUGGAGAUGCCAGCUGUCAUUUCUGUGUCUGCUUAAAAAAAUGCUUUGCACUAUUGAAACUGCUUGUUUGUUUUUCAAAGAAAUCAACAGUACUUCUUAACGCUACAAGAUGUUUAAAGAUUUGUUGAGCAGAUAUGAAUUUUGAUUCAUUGUAAAUUUUAACCUAUGGUUGGCCAAUAUGAUCUGUAUGCUGUCUCUUUUUUAAAAAAAAAGCUUAUCAUUCAAUAUCCACAUCAGGAUUUGUGUGCCUAUUAUAUGAUUUGAUUAAUGUAUAUUAAUUUGUGUUUUUAUUGUUGCUUGUGAACGACUACCUACAUUUUGAAACCCAAAUUGAAAAGUUGACAUAUAAAUAAAGGAGUUACAGUAGUGCGGACUGCACUGUUUCUCUGAGCACUCAAAACAAUAAGUUGAAUCACCAGUACAUCAACCUGUUGUUGAUGGAACUCGUACAAUAAACUUAGUUCUUAAUUAUCUACAGAAUUGUGGAGUCCAAACAGAGUGCCACCAUCACUUAAACGCUAAGAUUAACAGUUGCUGAGCACUUCAUUUUACAAGUUGGACUUUUAAACUCCUUCAGUGCAGAACCUAGAGUGGAUUUCUUAAACCCCUGUAGACUGUAUGUUGCAUCUUUUUGUUCUGAAUAAAAGUUUUAUUUAAUUUCUAUUUGAAAUCAUUUCAGAGCAGUGGAAUAGAACCAAGAGAGGCUUUUAGAGACCAAAAUCUUGUAAGGAUGAUGAACAUACUUUGUAAAUAGUUAAAAGUCCACCUGGAAGGAAACAAGAAGGUGUUGCAUGUUAAUUUCCAAUUACAUCCCUAAAAGUAUGUUCUAGAACUUGCUCCCCCAAAUCCUUAGAGUGUCUACUCAUUACCCUGUUUAAUCAUUUGUAAAUUGCUGCUGUCUGUAAUGCUUUGAAAAAUAAUCUAAUACAAGACAAAGUGUAGAUCUUUGAGAAUAUUCCAAUUUGUGCUGCGCAAUACAUAGGCACAAGUCAGGAGAGCACUAAAAUGUUAGAUGAGAAUUAAAAUGCAUGCCUUUGAUUAAAUACUUAGCAAUAAUAAGUUGGGAACUCGAAAUUGGUGCAUAGUAGAGUGUGAGGUAAUUAUUUCAAGUGAUUUGUUCAAGUUUAUAGUGGUUCUAAUGUGCUGAAUGGCUGGAGCGCUCUAGCAGGCUAUGUGAAUAGGCAAAAUGACCCAGGGGAAACCUUCAAUACCACCUUCAGCGCAUGUGCAGCUCACUCCCACAGAGGCAGGAUAGAAGCUUUGGAGCUGGAGCUUUGAUUGGAGUUUAAAGUCAUUUGACAUUUCCAGCACUUUCUGCCAAAUGACACUGGUCUCUGCAGAACAUACGGCCGAUCCUUCUGUUCUUUGGGUGUGCAAAGAGUUUAAAGUGUGAAAACUGUAAAAUGAACCCAGCUAACCCCAAACCAAGGCGUUUCAUUGAUGGUGUUGAUUUUAUCCAUUAAUCUCCAGAAGAAUUAAAAUAUGUUCUCUUGGAACGCUUAAAUAACUGAUUAUUUUAGACAAAUAAUUGCAAAUAUGCCUGAUGAGACGCUUGUAAAUUUAAAUUACAGUAAUUUUAUUCAUUAAGGUAGAAGGAGCGCGAAAGGAAAUGGGCAUCAAUAAAAUAGCCUUCUGUCACUUCUUUUAAUACUUCUUUUUUUAAGCAUUGGACAGUGUUAUAAUUACAUUUAAACAAUCCUCUACAUUGUGAAUUCAUUUUUUAUUGAACUCUAAAUGUUGUAAAUGUAUUUGUAAUCACAACUGUGACUAGCCGGAUUUUGAAAUAUUAUAGGAUUACAGAAGCUACUUUUUAAAACUAUCAUAAAGGAAAGAAAUCUACUCAACAUGGUGUAGGCUGAGAAUGAGUGACAGGACUAUGUGAAUAGAAGAUUUCCAUGCAAUUGUGAACUAUGGUGACAGAGGGAAAACUGCAGGAAAAUUAAUUUUCAUACCAAAUACCUUGAAGAAGAGCUAUGAUUUUUAUUUGUGAUAGUUUUGAAAUCCAUUAUAUGAAACUGAAGCAUUGAAAUGAAAAGCUGUGUUUUGCAGUGCCUAGGUGAAGUCUGCCUUUUACCAGGAUGUAUUGAUGACCUCUGAUUUUAAAACAUUUUUGCUUUCUAUUGACACAAUGUUAAAAAGGCUGAAUUGAAAUAAAGUUGUUUUUCUUAGUCA